AUGUGGCAAAUAGAGAAGUUUUGCUGUGCACUGGCGUCCUUGUUUCCCAAAGUCCUGAGUAAUGGGCUCUAUCUAUGGGCUAUCUAUGCGUUUUGUUAUGAGUUGUGUCUCCGAUCUAUAGGAGGCUUGACUGGGUUGAUAUUGGCCAGUAUAGGAUUCUAUUUGGCUGUUCAAGGUAUCUACAUGUAUUAUAAAGUUGUGAAGCUGGGUGCUGGAUCACCUUUGGACUUUGCAGAGUUGAGGAUUGAUAGCGAUUAUAAUGAUUUGGAAUCGAGUAGAACGGAACCACCACAAUUUUUGGUUGAUAAUUCAUUGAUGAUCAAAAGUAAUGGGAAAUUCAGAUUUUGUGAUAAAUGUAAAGUGUGGAAACCUGAUAGGUCCCAUCAUUGUUCAAGUUGCAAUAGGUGUUGUUUAAAGAUGGAUCAUCAUUGUCCAUGGUUUGCAACUUGUGUUGGGUUCAAAAACCAGAAAUUCUUUGUGCAAUUUCUUGUAAAUACAGUGAUAUUUGGUGAAUAUGCUCUGCUUAUAUCUGGUAUUGAACUAUAUCAGUUUUUCAAUAAUGAAGAAUACAAUGAUGAAUUUUUAAGUCUAAAUUUGGUCCUGUUGGCAGUAUUAGGGUUAACUGUCACCGUUGCAGUUGGUUUAUUCACAGGUAUUACACUAUACUUCUUGUCCUCCAAUUUGACAACGAUAGAGUAUUAUGAUUACAUGAGGUACAGAAACAACUUGGAGAUUGCAAACGAUAGUUAUUAUAGAUAUUCAAAACAACCGUCUGCAAAAGAUUUAGGAAAUGCUUACAAUUUGGGAUCUAUAAAAGCUAAUCUCAAUGCUGUGCUUGGAACAACGUGGCUUGAAUGGAUACUCCCAAUAGAAAACAAAGGCUUUUCAGAUCCUUAUGAGAACAGAGGUUUAUAUUUCCCAUCAAAUCCAAAGAUUCGUGCAGCUCUGGUGAGCAACUCAAAGCUUCAACAACAACUACUGCAUGAGCUACAACGCUCUUCAGUCUCUAAUUCGGCAGAUACCGAUAGACUUGUAUGA